CCCCGCACGCGCAGGCCGGACGCCCCGCGGCCGCCGGCGAGGGGACCCGCGCCCGGGGCGGGAGGGAGCUCGGCCCGCCGCCCCGGACUCUCGCUCGGCUCAGGUGCGCGGGGACGCGGGGUCGGCGGAGCGGGCUGCGUGGACGCGCGCCCCCCGGGAGCCCGCGUCCCCGCCGCCGCGUCCGGGAAAGUUGGGGUCGACCGAGCCGCUGCGCAGGAGGCCGCUCGGCGGCGUGGGGCUCGGUCGCGCUGGGCGCUCCCUUCCCAUCGCUCCGCGGCUGCUCCACCCCGGGCGAAUGACUGCAACUUCAGGGCUCCAAAUCUGGGCCUUUGGAGUGUAUGAUUUAUUUCCUUUGACUGAAAGGCAUGAAGUCAAAGUGAUUUUGCGCUGGAAAAAAAAAAAAAAAGGAGAAAGUGCGAGCCUUCGUACUGUUUGGGAUGAGUUCCAUCCUUUCAUCGAAGCUCUUCUGCCCCACGUCCGAGCCUUCGCCUACACGUGGUUCAACCUGCAGGCCCGAAAACGAAAAUACUUCAAAAAACAUGAAAAGCGUAUGUCAAAAGAAGAAGAGAGAGCCGUGAAGGACGAGCUGCUGAGCGAAAAGCCUGAGGUCAAGCAGAAGUGGGCGUCUCGACUCCUGGCCAAGUUACGGAAGGACAUCCGACCGGAGUACCGGGAGGACUUUGUUCUCACGGUCACGGGGAAGAAGCCCGCGUGCUGCGUGCUCUCCAACCCCGACCAGAAGGGCAAGAUGCGCCGCAUCGACUGUCUGCGCCAGGCAGACAAAGUCUGGAGGUUGGACCUUGUCAUGGUGAUUUUAUUUAAAGGUAUCCCGCUCGAAAGUACUGAUGGGGAGCGCCUGGUCAAGUCGGCCCAGUGCUCCAACCCGGGGCUCUGCGUCCAGCCGCACCACAUAGGGGUGUCUGUGAAGGAGCUCGACUUGUACUUGGCGUACUUUGUGCACGCGGCAGAUUCAAGUCAAUCUGAAAGUCCCAGCCAGCCAAGUGACGCUGACAUUAAGGACCAGCCAGAAAAUGGACAUCUGGGCUUCCAGGACAGUUUUGUCACAUCAGGUGUUUUCAGUGUGACGGAGCUGGUGAGAGUGUCGCAGACACCAAUAGCUGCAGGAACUGGCCCAAAUUUCUCUCUGUCAGAUUUGGAAAGUUCUUCAUACUAUAGCAUGAGUCCAGGAGCCAUGAGGAGGUCUUUACCCAGCACGUCCUCUACCAGCUCCACGAAGCGCCUCAAGUCUGUGGAGGACGAAAUGGACAGUCCUGGGGAGGAGCCGUUCUACACCGGCCAGGGCCGCUCCCCGGGCAGCGGCAGCCAGUCCAGUGGCUGGCACGAAGUGGAGCCAGGAAUGCCGUCUCCGACCACACUGAAGAAGUCGGAGAAGUCUGGGUUCACCAGCCCCUCCCCUUCGCAGACCUCCUCCCUGGCCACGGCAUUCACACAGCAUCACCGACCUGUCAUUACGGGACCCAGAGCAAGUCCACACGCAACACCAUCGACUCUUCACUUCCCGACGUCACCCAUCAUCCAGCAGCCUGGGCCCUACUUCUCACACCCAGCCAUCCGCUACCACCCUCAGGAGACGCUGAAAGAGUUUGUCCAGCUUGUCUGCCCUGAUGCUGGUCAGCAGGCUGGACAGGUGGGGUUCCUCAAUCCCAAUGGGAGCAGCCAAGGCAAAGUGCACAACCCAUUCCUUCCCACCCCAAUGUUGCCACCGCCGCCGCCACCACCAAUGGCCAGGCCUGUGCCUCUGCCAGUGCCAGACACGAAGCCUCCGACCACAUCAACAGAAGGAGGUGCAGCCUCCCCAACCUCACCGACCUACUCGACACCCAGCACCUCCCCCGCAAACCGAUUCGUCAGUGUUGGACCACGGGAUCCAAGCUUUGUAAAUAUCCCUCAACAGACACAGUGUUUCGUAGGGCCUGCUCUGUGCCCACCACAGGGCGAGACACUGGGGAUGCCACCUGCAAGAAGAACGUCAGUGUUCUCAGGGAGCACACGGGUAGCUGCAGUUCAGUGACCGUGACAGAGCUCAACCCCAGACUGAAGGCCUGGAGAAAGACCCUGAGCAAGACGGGACUGCCAUCUGAGAAGGCAAGGACUAGCGGGUGUUAGCCAGACCAAGCAGGAGCUGCAGCCCGUGCCAAGGCCCAGCGGGGGAGAGCGCUUGGCUUUGGGGGAUCUGGAAGAAGUUUAACACAGCACAAGUGUUGAGCACAAGCGGUGAAAAGAUAAGGCCACAAAGUCCUGGUACCUGGGAUAAAAGUCGCAGCGUCCCACCAUCCACCAGACAGACCACCUGACCCCUUCUCAACUCUGUAACACGGACGCAUCCUCAACCCAGCGUGGUUACAACCUCACUGUCAGUGGGAGGGAGAGUCAAAUCAACUCGUACAUGCAAACAGCGAGCAUAUGGUCAAACAGCAAAGGCCAUCACCUUUUGGGAUUUUUUUUUAAAUACUUUAGGGACUGUUGUAAUUUUCUCAUAUGGUGCUGGAAAUGGUUGGGCUUUGUAACACUGAGGUGUGUCCGUGGUCGCGUGAGCAUUAGGCGAUGUGGCGAGGGGAGGUGUGCGCUUGCUCACUGACUCCCCGUGGUCACACACCCUCCUUACGGAGCCUGGCCGUUUCACAGUAUUUCAUGGAUUUACCCACAGUUGUGCACCUCCUCGAGCAGUCAGGAGGCACACAGAGAACUAAAUCUUUUGUAGUAGCUGAGAUCUGCAAUAUAUAACUUACGGGACAGUCAAAGGGCAAUGUUUUUCUGUAACAUAUUGGAAAAAGAAAAUGCAGUUAUGUUCCUUUCUUGUUUUCCUUUAGUUGGGUUUGGUUCAGCACUUAAACAUGUAACACGGCCCGCAAGGACAGUGAACCACUCACGUCGCAGAACAAAUCCGAAAUGGCAAACUACUACUACUACUAUUCAGUUUUUUAAAAGUUUUGAAAUGCUGCACUUACAUCUAAAAAACCAUUUUUUUCAACAAUUUUCAACAAUGACACACAAAUUCACAUGGAAAUGGGGAAGAUGGUCUGUUUUGACAGAAACUGACAGGAAUCAAUCAAAACAAUCGAAUUUUGAAUUGAGUAAAGUGCAAUUUCAUUGGAUAGCUAAAUAUCUUUGUAAGAUAGAGAUUGUUGAAAAUUCUAUUUUUGUUUUUCAAGUCCUUCCACCCCAGGACUCUAAAUUAUUGGGGUAAAAAACAGCCUUGCAAGAAAAAGGGGAGCUAUUUUUGCUUUUUAUGUUUUUUAUUGUUAAACUUGUAUCCCUUUAAAAACUGAAGGAAAAUUUAAAAAAAAACAAAAAAACAAAUCUAAUGGUGCUUUUACCACAAUAUGUUAACUACAUUAAAUGCUAAUUAAUUAUUUUCUGUUAUCAAAGCACAUAACUAAAAUGAAAUCAUGGUAUCUGUUAAUUUUAUAAGCUAGAAGUCACUAUAAUGGAUAAUGCCAAUUCUGAGAAUAUUUACAUGUAUUCGGCAACAUAGGAUUUAUCAGUUAUCAGACACUUCAUUGUACCAGAGAUUGUCCAGAAAUUUUAAAGACCUUUGCGCCCCUGAACUGGGCUAUGGGAAAAAAAUAAUAACAAAAAUGAAACCAAUACUGACACAAAUGCUGGUACCCAUUCAGAUCAGGGUACUUGUUAGGGAAAAAAAAGUUUGCACCCCCAAAUGUCCUGUAUCUUAUGUAAAAAAACACAAAAAACAAACAAAAAAAAAAAACAAAAAAAGUGCAAGUGAUUUUUCUACCAGACAGCGAAGCGCGCCUUGCUUCCCGGGCACCGUCAAGAAGGUUCCUGUGCUGUACGUAGAUACGCGUCCUGGCGGCAGCCCGCCAGGGAGAGGCUCUGCAUGUUCUAGUGUUAGUCGCUAAUUUUUAUAUAGUUAAUGUAGGAUAAAGUAGAGUGCAUUAAGACACAAUAUUGUAAUCCCUCCUUAGGCACUUGCCUUUAAACUAUGUUUCCAGCCCUUCAGAAGGGUUCUACUGCUGUCCUAUACAAUCAAGUAACUGAAAUUCUUGGGAAGACACUUUGCUCCUCAUCUUUCCCCCGAAACGAUGUUGUUUUGUUUUGUUUUUUUUCCUUAAUUUGCACGAAAACAAAAAUUCCAUAUCAAUGUGCCUUGCCCUGGAUAGCGAUUAUUUGUGGAAUUGUUGCACACGCUCCUCUAUUGAAAGGGGUUUUCCCUCGUCAAGCAUUUGGAGACACUUUUUGUAAAUGUGACUUUACGUCGGCCAUCGUCAGUUUCCACACCUAGCACUGAGUAGGGUUAGUCGUUCCGCAGAUAGGCGUAGUCUUUAUUGUCCUCGUGGUCAGUGGCAGUGCUAUUCUGAGAUCUGUAGAUGCUUAGAAUAUCAGUAUUUUGGAUGUUGCUGCAUUUUACAAUUUAUUUGGAGUCUUCCUUUAUUUUCCCCCCAGAUAUAUGAAAAUAUGCAAUACCUGCUUAUAUCGUGUAGAAAAGCUUAGCGAUUAUUAAUUUUUCUUUUAUUUUUUUUAUUUGACCAAAGUCAGUGCUGCACUUGACGCAGUGUGUUUUAGAUGUUUGUCUUUGUACUUUUUUUUGUGAUUUUUGAAUGCACGUGUGCAGGAAGGGCUCCUCUUAGAGAAGCAGUCAAACUGUGAAGCACUGAGCUGACCCUGCUUCAAGCAAUUUUGUUUUUACAACUGUUCCUUUCACAAGCAAGCCUUAAAAAAAAAAAGACAACUUCCUUUUUCUUCAGCUCCCACACCCCAUUUUUCUUAGCAGACUGCAGUCAAUCCACAUUCAAUGAAAGUAUAUAAUGCCCAUUUUUAUAUGCACGUUUUUAAACUUCCAAGUUCUGAAAAUUGUUUACUGGUUAUCUCUAUUUAAGGAAAAAAAAAUAAAAUAAAACAUUUUGGAUUUUCAUACGUGUCUGAUAAGUGGUUGAGUAGUCGUUGGCGCUGUUGUACGGUGUGAUUGUCAGUAUAUGGUGUCACUUCCUAUAGCCAGCCAGCAUCCUUUGCCUUCCCCCAUAGCUCUUAGCUGGGCAUUACUUUAUUAUGACAUAUGUGCACUAAAAAAAGAAAAAAAAAAAAAUAGCAGCUUUCAGUGCUUCACAGUGAAGGGAAAAAGCCUAGACAGACAUUUUGUCAGGGCCUUGCAGUAAGCCAAGGCAUGACCAGUAAAUUGGUUGUAUAUACAAUAAAAUCGCACCCUUUUUUAAAACAAAACAAACUAAGCAAUAGUUUGGGCAGUUUUAGUUGUUUUUAGUGAGCAUGUUGUAGUUAUGACUGCAAAGAGAGAGAAUAAACUGCCGACUCAGAAGACAUGUGAUUUGUAUGUUGUAUAGUUUUAUUGAUUAUGCUGAUUUAUCCUACCCGAUUUUAUAAUGCAGGAUUUUUGUAUGUUGUUUAAAUGAAGAAAAUUUCUGUCAAA